AUGGGCCUCUGGGCUGGUACUUUUGUUUCGGUGAUGGGUGCUAAUGAUGUGAAUCCGUUCGGUAAGUCCAACAGGAGCUACUCCAAGUCGCCUUUCUACUCGUCUGGCAAGUCUCGAUCGUACCAUGCGAAGAAGAGGUCGAAGGCGUCGUGGGUGGAGCUCUUGAACGGCUGGUGCGGCAUCACUGCAGUACCGUGGGAUGAGGUCACAUCUGGAGUGCGGCCUAUCAUGCAUACGUCCCUUGUGGGGGUUGGGGUCAUUCUGCUUUUUAUCGGCGUCUCGUCAUUCGUCCUUUUUAAUUUGGUUACCGCUAUAGUGGUAGAGCAGGCGUUCUCGGCGGUGUCGGCUGACAAGGAGCUUCUGGUUAGUAUGAAGCGGUCAAGUGAACAGGAGGCUGUGGAGGCUCUGAAGAUGUUAUUUGAAGAACUCGACGAGGAUGGGAGCGGCGAGUUGUCCUCACAGGAGUUCACGGACGUGUUGGACGACCCUAAGUUCAUUCGAAGGCUGGCUAUGCUCGAUCUUGACGUAUCGGAACUACCGGAGCUGUUUACGCUGUUCGACACGGGGGACGGUAUGGUACAAGGGGAAAUACGGAGUAAGGAUAUGUAUAACUGUGUGGUCUACGCUAAGACGCUGAGUGAGGUGGUGGAGGUAUGCGGGACUGAGCAACUUGAAGACCGGGUGUAUUUGCCUAUGCUGGAGUGUACUGACGUUCAUAUUCCGGAGCUCAUGGUCCAGAUGGAUGACGCUUUCACUGACCUGACAGUUAUGACCCAGUGUGUCAAGGUGGGGGGCGUGCGCGAAAAAAGGGCGGCUAUCGUCUCCAGUGUGGGGAAGUAUAUACACAUGGUCAACUAG